AUGUCGGGCCCAGAUGUGGUUGUCGUUGCUGCUGUACUUGAUGUCGUUGUAGUCACUGUCGUCACUGUGGUGAUAGUCGCCGAGGAAGUGGAUGAUAUAGCCUGUGUCGUGCUGGAUGAGCUCGAUGAAGGUGACGAUGAGGUGACGCUGGUAAAUGUAGAGGUUGAGGUUGAUCCGCCACCAGUCGAGGUCGAGACACUGCUAGUUAAGCUUGACGAACCACCACUCGAGGUUGAUGUACCAGAACUUGAAGCCCCAGAGGUCGAGGAUCCACCAGUCGCGCUCGUAAGGCUGCUAGUCAAGGUUGAGGAGCCACCACCAGAGGAGGUUGAUGCUGAGGUCGACGAGCCACCAGUCGAUGUCGAGAUACCGCUUGUCAAGGUUGACGAGCCACCAGACGAGGUUGUCGCAGAGGUCAAGGACCCACCAGUUGACGUUGUGAUACUGCUAGUCAAGGUUGAGGAGCUACCACCGGCUGAGGUUGGCGUCUCAGUGGUUGAGAUAACAGAGGUUGACGAAGCACCAGGGGUUGACGAAGCACCAGAGGUUGACGAAGCACCAGAGGUUGACGAAGCACCAGAGGUUGACGAAGCACCAGAGGUUGAUGUCUCAGAGGUCGACGCACCAGAGGUUGAGGAGCCACCAGCCGAAGUUGACGAAACACUAAUGGAUGAGGUCGAUAUACUACCGGUCGAGGUUGAAGUCUCAGAGGUUGAGGCACCAGAGGUUGAGGCACCAGAGGUUGACGAACCGCUACCAGUAGAGGUAGAGACACCUGUCGAGGUUACCACGUUAGAUGUCGAUACACCAGAGGUUGACGUAAUACUGGUAGAGGAAGUCGAGGCUGAACUCUCAGACGUGGAAGGACCCGAGGUUGAAGAGCCACCAGUCGAUGUUGAGGUCUCAGAGGUUGAUGCACCAGAGGUCGAUAGACCAGUAGUAGUCGAGGUUGGUUCGCCACCGCCCGAGGUCGAUACACCGGAAGUUGAAGCACCAGAGGUUGACAAACCAGAAGUCGACGGACCAGUAGUAGUCGAGGUCGACUCACCACCACUCGAGGUCGAUACACCAGAGGUUGACGGACCAGUAGUAGUCGAGGUGGAUUCACCACCAGUCGAGGUUGAGGUUGACGUAUCAGAGGUUGACGUACCACCACCAUUGGAGGUUGACAGGCUAGAAGAGGUAGUCGAUCCACUAGAAGUCGAAGUCGAUACACCACCAGACGAGGUCGACGUACCGGAGCUCAAGGAGCCGCUGGUCGAGGUUGAGAGGCUAGUCGAAGUCGACACACCGCUGGACGAGGUUGUCGAUUCACCAGUAGUCGAGCUCGAUGCACCACCGCCAGUCGAGGUUGUCGACUCGCCACUGCCCGUUGAGGUCGAAAUACCGCCGGAGGUCGAUAUGCCGCCAGUAGUCGAGGACGAUGCAACACCAGUAGAGGUUGAUGACUCACCUGUAGUUGAGAUACCGCCUGAGGUCGAGAUACCGGAUGUCGAAAUAGCACCAGAGGUUGAAAUACCGCUUGUCAGGCUUGAUGCGCCAGUAGUUGAGGUUGAGAUAGGGCCAGUUGAGCUUGAUGUGCCAGUGGUCGAUCCCGAUGGGCUGCCGGUAGUCGAUAUACCACCAGAGGUUGAGGCACCGCCUGAGGUUGAGGCACCGCCUGAGGUUGAGACACCGCCUGAGGUUGAGGAACCGCCUGAGGUUGAGACACCGCCUGAGGUUGAGGAACCGCCUGAGGUUGAGACACCACCCGAGGUUGAGAUCCCGCUCGUCAAGCUUGUUGCUCCGCCAGUUGAGGUCGAAACACCGCCAGUUGCAGAUGAUGCCGUGUUCGUUGUAGAACUGGUAGAAAGAGUUGACCCAGUCGGUGCUGAUGUAGUAGAGGCUAACGUCGUGGAGCUUGUGGUGGAUGGAGCUAUAGAAGAUGAGAAGAGGGCAACUGAAUUUUCCUGGGAUAAACUUACAGGUAGGGAUGAUGUCAACCGGAUUAGGGCAGAAAUCACCUUCCAGGAAAGCACUGACAACACCAUCUUGCUCAAGGCAAAAGCCUGCUGUACCUCGCAGGUGGGCGAACUCCCCAACCAUGUACCAGCUGGCAAAUCCGGGUGGAAGGCCCAGAAAGCGGUGGAGGGGGGACUUCUGGAAAACAGCCGUACCCACGCCCUUUCCAUCCGAGAUGAAAGUGUCAUUGUUGCCCCUGAAUACAAGUGCGGCUGA